UUCGAUUUAUUUUUUUUAUUUUUCUUAUUUUUAUAGUCAGCAAAAGUUCAGUGUCUCUGGUUGGCAAUGGCAUCCAAUGACAAACUAUCUUACAGAUCCUUUUAUUUUUCCAAUUCUCAAUGUUUGUGUUCUCAUUCUUUCUAAUGACACUUUCUUCCAAUUUGUCUCUCUGGUUGCCAUUGAAAGCCUCAUCUUUCAGAGCGAUGGCUUUCCUCUUUUUGUUCUGCGGGAAAGUUUUCCUUUGAGCUGUAAAAAGGGGAAAAGGAACUCUCAGUUUGCAAGCAUAAAUUAUUCAUCAAUCGUAGAGAGUGAAAAAUCCUCCUUUUUUCACGAAUUUUCGAACUUCUCUGAUCCUACUUUCUCUGUUUGAAUAUUCUCUGAGACCAGGACCUGUUCAGUCACAGCUUCCCUCACCGUUUCUCUUUUUGUCCUCUCAAAGAUGAAGCCUUCUACUCGGCUCGACUCGGCUGUGUUUCAGCUCACGCCCACUAGAACAAGGUGUGAUUUGAUUAUAUCUGCAAAUGGAAAGGAACAAAAAAUAGCUUCAGGUUUGCUGAAUCCAUUUCUUGCCCACUUGAAGAUUGCGCAAGAGCAGAUGGACAAGGGAGGUUACUCGAUUGUUCUAGAGCCGGAGUCUACUUGUGACGACUCAUGGUUCACUAAGGACACGAUCGAAAGGUUUGUUCGUUUUGUGAGCACUCCAGAGGUCUUGGAAAGGGUCUACACUCUUGAGUCAGAGAUCUUACAAAUUGAGGAGGCAAUUGUGAUUCAGGGCAACGGUGAUAUGGGACUGAAUACUGUAGAAGAUUAUCAAGCUAAACCUGUAGAAAGCACUGAAGGGAGCAGGACUGUGCUUGAUACUGAUGAGGAGAAAGCAAUUGUCCUUUACAAACAGCCUGCAGUAAAUCCACCUGAAGCGAAUGGAUCCACCACACAGGAGGGAAAUUCCAAAGUUCAACUUUUGAAAGUUCUGGAGACACGCAAAACUGUGCUACAGAAAGAGCAAGGCAUGGCCUUUGCACGCGCUGUAGCUGCUGGUUUUGACAUUGAUCACAUGUCACCAUUGCUAUCAUUUGCUGAAUGCUUUGGAGCCUCACGAUUAAUGGAUGCAUGUACAAAAUUUAUGGAGUUAUGGAGAAGAAAGCAUGAAACUGGUCAGUGGGUUGAAAUUGCAGCCACUGAAGCAAUGUCUAACCAAUCAGACUUCUCUGCCAUGAAUUCAUCAGGCAUUAUGCUUGCAAAUGUGGACAACAAGCAGAAAGACAAUGAGUUGGUUUUAGAGAAUAAUGGGAAAGCAAGUAGUGCCACGAGUGCAGAUGACAAGUCUCCUAUGGAUCACAAAACACCAUUAGGCCAUCAAGAAUAUUUUCAAGGACAGUUUCCGCAUCAUAUGUUCCCUCCCUGGCCUGUUCAUUCUCCUCCUGGUGCUCCUCCAGUCUAUCAAGCAUACCCCAUGCAAGGCAUGCCAUACUAUCAGAAUUAUCCAGUAAACAGCCCAUUUUUUCAGCCACCAUAUCCAUCAAUGCCGGAACAUGCUGAUCCAAGAAUGGGACACAGAAGGCAUUCUAUGGAUAGUAGGGAUGGCAAUACUGAAUUAGAAACUUGGCAGACGGAUGCUUCAAAAACUAGAUCACAGGAUGAAGCUUCACAAACUCGAGACUCACAAAAGAAGGCUAGUCGAUCAGGUAGAAAGCAAUCAGGCAUGGUUGUGAUUCGGAACAUCAAUUACAUCGCUUCAAAGACGCAGAACUCUUCUGACGGUGAAUCACAGUCAGCUUCUGACUCUGAAACUGAUGAAGUUGGAGAUUUAGCGGCCAGUACUCUUGAAUCAAAGCAUAUGGACUCUCAGAGAUCUUCCAAGAGAAAAGGUAGCCAUACAAAAUCCAUGAAUAAAUUGAAGUCAUCUGAAGAGGAAGAACUAGCUUAUGGUAAGGAUGUAGAUGGUGGACACUGGCAAGCAUUUCAAAGCUGUUUACUGAGAGAUGCUGAUGAGGACAGAUGUGCAGUUGACGAAGGAAUGUUUGCAAUGGAAAAGGAAGCUCAAGUGAAAAGGCGACAAAAUACUUUAGGUGAUGAUCCUUUAGUUUUUAGUGGGCAAGAGAAGGGCGAGACACAAGAAGAUAGCAUGAUAGAUAUGCAUAAAAUUAGUGAAAACGUGACCUACAAGCCCCGGGCAUCAAAUGAUGAACUGUUGACUUCUAGAAGAGAUGGUCGAUCUGGUGAUGGUAGAGGGUCAAUGGAUGUACAGUCAGAAAUAGAUGGAAAACGAGGUGGCUAUAGGAGAACUAGCAAUGAUGAUUUUUUGAUACAUGGGCGAGAAAGCCAGUCGGGUUAUACCAAUUUUUCCUCAGAUCCACUUGUAAAUGGAUUUGAUAGUGCAACCAAUAACUUGGACAGGAUAUCAUCACAUGAAAUGGAUGAUGAUUCUUACAUUGUUGCACUAAGGGAAAAUUCACUGGAUCAAAUUGGAAACAAUGAAAGAACUGCUAUUGACAUGGAUUCUGAAUUCCAAUAUGCAUCUCAGUUGUCAGAAAAUUUAUCUACUAGAGUUGGCCAAGUCAAUUACGAGCCAGAUGAAUUGGGUUUGAUACCUGAACGUGGUAGAGAAAGGGAGUCAAUUGGUUAUGACCCUGCUUUAGAUUAUGAAAUGCAGAUUCGUGCUGAAGACAGUGCUCCAAUAGAUAAGAAAAAUAUGGAGGUAGAUAUCAAACAGGGGUCUAAAAAGUCAGACAAGGACCGGAAAUCAAGGCUUACACCAGAUAAUUUAGAUAAAAAGAAGACUGCAGGGCCAAUAAGGAAAGGGAAGCCUUCAAAGUUGAGUCCUUUGGAUGAAGCACGAGCACGUGCAGAGAGGCUAAGAACCUUCAAAGCUGAUCUCCAGAAAAUGAAGAGAGAGAAGGAAGAAGAAGAGAUGAAACGACUAGAAGCUUUAAAAAUAGAGAGACAGAAAAGAAUUGCUGCUAGAGGGGGUUCCAUCCCAGCUAAGUCACCACUUAUGUCACAUCAAACCAAGAAACAAUUGCCAACAAAAGUUUCCCCAAGCUCUCACAAAGGAUCAAAGUUCAGUGAUUCAGAGCCAGGAUCAUCUUCACCUCUAAAAAGCUCCUCCAGAACUGGUCCUGUGGGAUCCAGUGAUUCUCAAGAAGCCUUUAAACCUAGCAGAUCAAGUGCUGCAAAUCACUCAGGUGGAAACAGGUUAAGCCACUCAAUGUCUUCGUUACCUGAACCAAAGAAAGAGAACAGUGGUGUUAUAGCUGAUUCUAAGGCAUCAAUGGCACGGAUUAGAAGAUUAUCAGAGCCUAAAAUGGUAAGCAGCCAUCAUAUUUCUUCAAUGAAGUCACGAAGUGCUGAACUAUUAUCAAAGACAAAGAUAUCUGAUGCGCCUGAAAAUAAGAAAGUAUCUGCUACUAUGAACCAUGAUAGAAGCAAAGCUUCAACCCUUCCAGAACUGAACAUUAGGACAUCCAAAGGACCUGAUGGUUCUCGGAGCAAAUCAGCAGCAAAAGAGAUGACACAGAAGGUUAAUGGCAUUAAAUCUUCUAUAACUUCUGAAAGUGCUGAAGUGAAAAGGAAGCAUGAAAAUAUUGCACAUCACAGUGAUGGGGACGACAACCCGGUUAUUGAAAAGACUGUUCUGAUACUAGAAUCUGAGAAUCCCUCCAUUUCCACAGUAGAAGCGAUGGAAGGUAAUUUGAAGGCACAACAUGAUAACUUUGGGACAGGGAAGAAAGUUGAGGUGGUGUCAGAUUAUGCUGUUAUAGAUGCUCCAGCUUCACCACUUAAGACGGAUAGAAUUGAUGGGGAAUCAUCGGAACACCAAUCACAUGAGCAACACACUUCUUUUGAGGUCACGACAGUUAAUGCGGACAAAGAACUUCCAAAGCUUUUAAGUAUUGGUAUGGCUGAAAAACCACAUCUAGCCCCCUUUGCUCAUGUUUCUUCUUUGGAAGAUCCAUGUACUAGGAAUUCAGAAUAUGGCAGAGCUCCUCCAACAAGUUCAGAGAUUGUGACUACAGGCACAGAGACGGUUAAAGCACUUGUAUCUGAUUCUAGAAACUUGAGACUGGAAAAGAUUCCAGAGUCAUUGGAGAAGCCUCAAUUAAAGGACUCGCCAAAAGGGUUCAGACGGCUGUUGAAAUUCGGAAGAAAAAAUCACAGCUCAGCUACUGGGGAGCAUAACAUUGAAUCAGAUAAUGCCAGAAUCAAUGGUUCUGAGGUAGAUGAUUCUAGAAUGAACUUUGUUUCCUCAAGUGAAGUUCAUACAUUGAAGAAUUUGAUCUCUCAAGAAGAAACUCCGACAGCUGGAUCUACUUCUCAAAAGACUUCUCGCUCUUUCUCCUUGUUAUCACCCUUCCGGGGCAAGACUAGUGAAAAGAAACUGACAACAUGAAAAUGAGGAUGAUGCCUUUGAAGAUAAUAGUUAUGGGGCUCACAUGUGGGCAUCAAAUCAGGUUUUCGGAAUCUGCUGACUGAGCUAAAAUCAGCUUGUAAUAUUGGUGUAAAUCUCAAUUUUUGAGUUUGUGUCAGAAAGUACAGGCAUUUGGUUCUGAAUAGAUCGGGGGUAGUGUGCUUAUGGUUGGAUGUAAUAUUUUCUUGAAAAAUUCAGGAGUUUCUUAGAAAGAUUUUAGGGAGUUUAUUUUUUAUUUUUUUCUGGUGUUUCGUGAAAAUGGUUGGAUCCUGUAAGCUUUGUCAUACACUAUCAUUGCCUCCCAUCAAGAGAGCAUCAAUAUUUGCAGUAACCAAAGGAUAUUUCUUUUCCUACUUGUAAAAUAAAAAAAGGUAUUCUAUUGUGUUUUACC